AAUUCUCAUUUGUCAAGUGGUCGUCAUCAAAAGUGGUUGCUUUUCGUAUAGCCACUAUCUCUUGUUACAGUAGGAACUUACCUCACAUUUAAGGAACAAGUGCACAAGUGGAAGAAUAGUAACGAAUUGAUUUACAUGAGUUCUUUCUCAAACUGCGACAGAUUUAAAGCAGAGUGUUAAUCAUGACGGCGGACGAGAAAGAUAAAACAGCGUCCAGCCUUAACCAAAGUCUAUCGAAAGAUGCACAGGGCAAAAAGGAAGUAAGCUCGAAGAGAGAGUCAAGCUGGCCUUCAGUCCUAUUCUAUAUACACCUCUACAUACUGGGAUUGUAUGGAGUUAUCGUCCUUUUUACAAACACAUCGUUGCUGACAAUUAUUUUCACUUUCGUCCUAAUAUUUGCUGGAAUAAUUGGCACAACUGCAGGAUCACAUCGACUUUGGGCCCAUCGGACAUAUAAGGCAAACGCAUCUCUCCGUUUUAUCCUAAUGCUAUGCCAGACCCUCACAGGACAGGGGUCAAUCUACAACUGGGUCCAGCUACAUCGAUUGCACCACGCAACGCACAAAACUCAAGAUGAUCCAUAUUAUAGCGAUAAGGACUUUUUCAGUGCACAUGUUCUCGCUCAAAUGCAAAGCCUCGGCGAUAAACAGCAGCAAAUGUUAAAAAUGGUCGAUAUGAAAGAUUUAGAGGAGGAUAGGAUUGUUAUGUUUCAAAAGAGGUUUUACUGGGUCCUGUACAUAAUAGUAUUUGCCUUGCUACCUAUUAAUGCACCCCUGGAAUAUUGGGGUGACUCGGCUGCCGCGGCAAUUUUUGUUACUUUCUCAUUAAGAUAUUUAAUAGUUUUGAAUGUUUGCUGGCUUAUAAACUCCGCGCAUUUUAUCUGGGGGCUCGAUAAAAAUAACAAACCAUCCGAUUCAAAUAUGAUUUUCCUAGUGACGAAAACUUAUUGGCCGCAUUAUCAUUAUUUACUGCCCUGGGACUACCAAACUGGAGAAUUCGGAGACUACGGCGAAGAUAUCACAACCACAACUAUCAGAGUGUGUGCGGCUCUAGGUUGGGCGAGUGAUCUGCAAAUGGUUACUUCUGAGGCAGUGAAAAAAGGACUAACCAUGGCCGUUGAUACUGACAGGCCGAUUGUGGAUUGUAUCAAAUUAGCCGCUCAACAGGAAUUAGAAUGUAUUCCAAAAGAUCACUAUUUGCAAAAAAGCAAAUAUUUAUAAUAAAUGAAAUGAAAAUAAAAUUUUGAAGGAAAUUAAAGUAA